AUGUCCUCCGUAUCUUUGAUCGAACGACGACUGUUAAAGUGGAAUAAGCUUUCGUCUUUAUUACCCAAACCAAUCGAACCUCUUCUUCUACCGAUUGAGCACGUUAACAAGCUCUUGAAAAUCUGUGCUGAUUCAAGUUAUUUAAGAAUUGGAGAAUCGAUUCACGCUCAUUUCAUCGUUAGGAACCAGUCAUCUCGAGCUGAGGAUGUAUUCCAGAUCAAUUCUCUAAUUAAUUUCUAUAUGAAAUGCAGAAAAACUGUUCGUGCACGCAAGGUGUUCGAUUCAAUGCCUGAGAGAAACGUGGUUUCUUGGUCUGCUUUGAUGAAGGGUUAUCAAGAUUCUGGGUUCGAUUUAGAAGUUUUGAAGCUAUUUAAAAGUAUGUCCUUUUCUGGUGAAUCGCAACCUAAUGAGUUUGUUGCCACUGUAGUUUUAAAAUCUUGUUCAAACUCCAGAAGAAUUGAAGAAGGUAAGCAGUUUCAUGGAUGUUUUCUUAAAUCUGGUUUGGUCUCACAUGAGUUUGUACGAAAUAGUCUUGUCUACAUGUAUUCUUCAAGUUCGGGAACAGGAGAGGCUAUACGAAUUUUGGACGAUCUUCCGUGUUAUGAUCUUCUUGCUUUUAAUUCAGCUCUUAGUGGAUAUUUAGAGUAUGGUGCUAUAAAAGAAGGGUUUGAUGUUUUGAGAAGGAUGGCUAUCGAAGAUUCAGUGUGGGAUGACUUCACGUAUAUGUCUUGUUUAAGGCUUUGCUCCAAUCUCAGAGAUUUGGAAUUGGCUCGGCAGAUUCAUAGCCGAAUACUAAGGGCUGGUUUCAAAUGGGAUGUUGUAGUACGUGGUGCACUCAUUAAUAUGUAUGGCAAAUGUGGUCAAGUCCUAUACGCUCAGAGAGUUUACGACGAUACACACGCUCAAAACAUUGUCUUGAAUACAUCGAUCAUGGAUGCCUACUUCCAGAAUCAGUGUUUCGAGGAGGCUCUGAAUUUUUUUGCAAAGAAGAUGGAAACUAAAGAGGUUCUCCCUAAUGAGUUCACUUUUGCUGUUUUGUUAAAUUCAAUCGCGGAGUUAUCGCUUCUUAAACAUGGUGGUCUUCUACAUGGGCUUGUUGUAAAGUCUGGUUUUAGGAACCAUGUAAUGGUUGGCAACGCGUUGGUUAACAUGUACGCCAAAAGUGGCAGCAUUGAGGAUGCGAGGAAAGCAUUCUCAUUCAUGACUUUUAGGGACAUAAUUACUUGGAACACAAUGAUAGGUGGAUUGACACAUCAUGGAUUGGGGAGGGAAGCGCUUGAAGCUUUUGACAAAAUGAUGAUUGCAGGAGAGAUCCCCAACCACAUAACUUUUAUCAGCAUUCUACAAGCUUGUAGCCAUAUUGGUUUUGUGGAGCAAGGGCUUUAUUACUUUAACCAGCUAAUGAAGCAAUUUGGUGUUCAGCCUGAUCUAAGACAUUAUACAUGCAUUGUUCGACUAUUGAGCAAGGCUGGAUUGUUCAGGGAGGCUGAGGAUUUCAUGAAAACAGCUCCAAUUGAAUGGGACGUAGUUGCAUGGAGAUCUUUGCUAAAUGCUUGUUAUGUUCGCCGGAAUUAUCGUUUAGGAAAGCGGGUGGGAAAAUUUGCCAUUGAGAUGUAUCCAAAAGAUUCAGGAAUGUACAUAUUGUUAUCCAAUAUUCAUGCCAAGUCAAAGGAAUGGGAAGACGUGGCAAGAGUGCGUUCUCUGAUGAAGAAAAGGCGGGUUAAGAAGGAGCCUGGAGUAAGCUGGAUAGGUAUACGAAACCAAACCCAUGUGUUUCUUUCAGAUGAAAAACGACACCCCGAGAUUGUGCUGAUUUAUGUAAAGGUGAAGGAAGUUUUGUCAAAGAUUAGGCCAUUAGGGUAUUCGCCUGAUGUUGCUGGAGUUUUCCAUGAUGUAGAUGAAGAACAGAGGGAAAAUAGCCUCUCUCAUCAUAGCGAGAAGCUUGCUGUGGCAUAUGGUCUGAUGAAAACUCCCGAGAACUCACCAUUGUACGUGACUAAAAACGUGAGGAUAUGUGAUGAUUGUCACUCUGCAAUCAAGCUUAUCUCGAGGCUCUCAAACCGAUUAAUAGUUGUCAGAGAUUCCAAUCGGUUCCAUCAUUUCCAAGAUGGUCAAUGUUCUUGUUGUGAUUACUGGUGA